AUGGCCGACGCCGCCGAUGAACCGACGCUGAAGGAGUUCCCGGAGUUCCCGGGCGAGCCGAUGAGCAAGAGUGAGUAUAAGAAACGGCUGAAACAGAGACAAAACGAAGAGAAGAAGGCGGCCAAGGACGCGGCCAAGGCGGAGGCGGAGGCGGCAAAGCCGAAGAAGGAGAAGAGCGAAGAGGACGACGAAGCGGAUUUGGACCCGACGCAGUACACGCAAAAUCGAAUUAAUAAGGUGCUUAGCGCGAAAGCGAAGGGAGAGUCGCCGUAUCCGCACAAGUAUCACGUCGAUACGCGCGUGGGGGAGUUUAUCGAAAAGUAUUCCGGGUUGGCGGAUGGGACGACGGCCGAGGGCGAGAGCGCGUCCGUGGCGGGACGCAUCAUGUCUAAACGGGCGAGCGGGAAGAAAUUGUACUUUUACGAUCUUAUUGCGGAUGGUAAGAAGAUUCAAGUGACCGCGGAUGAGGGUGCGGCAUCGGGAUAUGAUUUCCAAAAGAUUCACAGCGCGACGAGACGCGGGGACAUUGUCGGCGUCAAGGGUACGCCCGGGAAGACGAAACGUGGGGAGCUCUCGCUGUUCCCGUCUAAUUUUGAGAUCUUGACCCCGUGCUUGAAGAUGCUUCCCGGUUUUUCGGGGUUGAAGGAUGUCGAAACGCGCUUCCGCAUGCGCUUUUUGGAUUUGAUGAUGAACAACGAAGUUCGCGACACGUUUUACAUCCGAUCCAACAUCAUUCGAUACAUCCGCAAGUACUUGGAUGAUCGCGAUUUCCUUGAGGUUGAGACGCCGAUGAUGAAUAUGAUCGCCGGUGGUGCCACCGCGCGACCGUUCAUCACCCACCACAACGACUUGAACAUGACGCUCUACAUGCGCAUCGCGCCCGAGCUUUACCUCAAACAGCUCGUCGUCGGAGGUAUCGAGCGCGUGUACGAAAUCGGUCGUCAGUUCCGUAACGAAGGGAUCGAUAUGACGCAUAACCCUGAGUUUACCACUUGUGAGUUCUAUCAAGCGUACGCCGAUUACGAUGACUUGAUGCAAAUGACUGAAGAGAUGAUCUCCGGCAUGGUGUACGCCAUCAAGGGCUCGUACAAGAUUCAAUACCACGCCAAGGGCCCGGAUGAGGAUCCGAUUGAGAUUGAUUUCACGCCGCCGUUCCGCCGCAUCUCCAUGGUUAGCGGUCUCGAAGAAGCGCUCAACAUCAAGUUCCCAUCCACUGACUUCUCUACGCAAGAAAACGAAGAUUUCUUGAAGGAAUUAAUCAAGAAGUUGGGCGUCGAAAUGUCUCCACCGUACACCACGGCGCGUAUGCUCGAUGAGCUCGUCGGCGAAUACUUGGAGUCUCAACUCGUCAACCCGGGUUUCAUUUGCGACCAUCCGCAAAUUAUGUCCCCUUUGGCCAAGUAUCAUCGCAAUAUUCCCGGUAUGACCGAGCGUUUCGAGCUCUUCGUGAACACGAAGGAGCUUUGCAACGCGUACACCGAGUUGAACGAUCCUAUCGAUCAACGCGAGCGCUUUGACGAGCAAGCCAAGGCGAAAUCUAGCGGCGAUGACGAAGCGAUGCUUAUCGAUGAAGUGUUCGUGCAAUCUUUGGAGUACGGUUUGCCGCCCACCGGGGGCUGGGGCUUGGGCGUCGAUCGCCUCACGAUGCUUCUCGCGGACAAGAACAACAUCAAGGAGGUCUUGCUCUUCCCGGCGAUGAAACCGGAAGAAAACAUCCCGGCCGACGGGAUGAAGAAUCUGUCCGUGUAA